AUGCCCUUCCUGGCUCGUUGUCCCCAUGAGAUUGCAGCUGAAAUCUCCUGCGAUGAGAUAUUUUGCGACGCGGACUUUGCCUCGGCAUGGCUACACUACGCCGAGGUGCGCAGACCAACAUACAUGCAAGGCGUGAGCUUCCGUGGGCUACUGAUGCAGAACACCCCAUACAAUGAAGACUUCGGGAUCGAGGACACUCGCCCAGAGGGUGAGUCGAAGGAGUGGGAGCUAUUCGAUCUCGAGGAGGAUCCUUUGAAGCUCUUCAACUGCUACCAUGGACCCAAGUACAAUGAUGUCGUUGAGCACAUGACUCGAGUGCUGGAGGACAAGAUGGAAGAGAUUGGUAACGAACCGGCUCACUCCCGACAAACCUGGUCUUGUAAUAGCUGA